CUAAAUUUUCUUCUUUUGAAGACCCCCAACCCAAUUCUCAAUACUCAAAAAGAUGAUAAAGCCAGUUUCUUGGAAGCCACUCUUGGAGCUUAGGGCUUUAUUUAUAUAUAUAUAUAUAUACAAUCUUCUAUAAGGUUGCCCUAUUGCAUUGAACCCUUCAUGUUCAAGCCAUUCAUUUUUUUCUCUUUUCUACAGUUCCUUCCACAUUCCUCAAUUCUUUGUAUUAUAUUUAAUGCGUUUUUGUUUGUUUGUUUGUUUGUUUUUUUAAAGUUUUUCAUGCAUCAUGCUUAGACUGGUAGCAUUCUUUGUUUAAGGUUUUUAAUUAAUUCCUGUGUUUUAUAAAGCAUCAUCUAAACAGAGAGGACCGUACUGAAAAAUGGCAGAAAUGGCUAAUUAUCCCAUGGAUCACCACCAACUGGGUUGUGGUCUAAUGGGAGGAAUUUUCCAUCGCUGGAGCACUAGGCAACGAAAAACAUCGGUAUAUUCAUUGCCUACAGAUAAUAGCAUCGAUAGCUUGAAGGGUUUUGACAAUUCAAAAAAGACUACUGUCUAUAAAAGCAAAUCUGAAGCUGCAAUUCUUGACACUAACAGUCCUGCUAAACCAUUACCUGAAGAAGGCCAAAAACACAUCAGAAGACAUAGUUUGGCAGUUCUUACAAGGCCUCAUCACCAUCAGAAGAAUGAAGGUAGAAAAUCUGUUGAUGCUGCUGCAAGGUGCUCAAUAUCAUCCUCUAGUUCGAGCAGAGUAAAAAAGUCACAGUCCAAUGAGGCUAAGCUAAGAAGAGCCUCCACAAGUGAUUCCAGAGAGCUAAGUAUGAUUGUUGCAACUAAUCAUCAUCAUCCUCAGUCCAAGGAUGUUAAAGCUCUCGUUGGAGCUACUUCGAGUAAUGUGAUGCUAUUAGGUGAAUUGGGCAACUUAAGGCAGCUUGGAAAUGGCAAUUUAUCAGGUAAUAAUAGUCCUCAUGCUACUGCAAAGACUCUAGAUUACCUUAACAAGAAUGGUCAAGAAGCAAACUCUACUCCUAGAACCAUUAAUAGCCAUAGUAAACUUGGUGGUAAUGGUGUUAUGGGCAACAUUGUGAGGCAAUCUAGCUGUGAGUUUCGACAAAGUCAAAGUCCGACGAGUAAAAUGGAUUCUGAGGUUUUGAAAAAUAUGGGAAAUGAGAAGUACAGGAAGGGAAGGUUUGAAGAGGCCUUAGCUUUUUAUGAUCGAGCUAUCGCUCUCAAUUCGAGUAAGGCAACAUAUCGGAGCAAUAGGGGUGCUGCUUUGAUAGGAUUAGGCCGUCUAAUGGAAGCUGUUGCUGAGUGCAAAGAAGCUAUUAGGCUUGAUCCUUCUUAUCAAAGAGCACAUCACCGUUUGGCAACACUUUAUGUCAGAUUAGGAGAAGCAGAGAAAGCAUUGUAUCACUACAAGCAAUCAGGUUUCCAUGCCGACUCUGAAGACAUUGCUCAAGCUCAAGCCUCUCAAAAGCACUUGAACCGGUGUAUCGUAGCUCGAAAAUCAAAGGAAUGGAAUUUUCUGCUAAAGGAGACUGACCGUGCAAUUUCCUCAGGUGGUGAUGCAUCUCCACAGGUCUAUGCCAUGCAAGCUGAGGCCUUACUGAGAUUGCACAGACAUGAUGAGGCCUACAGAGCUUACCGGAGGGGGCCAACUUUUAGUAUUGAAUCUUGCACUAAGUGCUUUGGCCUGGCUACUACUACUCAUCUCUUAAUGAUUGGGGCACAGGUCUACAUGGCUGCAGGCAGGUUUGAAGAUGCUAUAGCUGCAGCUCAGCAAGCAGCUAGUCUCGACCCAAGCAACAGAGAGGUCAGCACAGUGGUCAAAGCUGCCAGAGCAGUAGCAUCAGCAAGAUUGAGUGGGAACCUGCUAUACAAGGCAGCAAAAUUCUCUGAGGCUUGUAUUGCAUACAGUGAAGGGCUAGAACAUGACCCUUAUAACUCAAUCUUACUAUGUAAUCGAGCAGCUUGUCGAUCCAAGCUUGACCAAUUCGAAAAGGCUGUGGAAGACUGCACCGAAGCUCUUAGGUUGCAGCCUAACUAUAGCAAAGCCAGGCUAAGAAGGGCUCAUUGCAAUGCCAGGCUUGAAAGAUGGGAAGCUUCAAUUCAAGAUUAUGAGAUGCUGCUAAGAGAAAGUCCAGCAGAUGAGGAGGUGGGUAGAGCCUUAUUUGAGGCCAAGAUUCAGCUAAUGAAACAACGCGGUGAAGACAUCAAGGACAUGAAAUUUGGUUCUAAUUUAGUGUUCAUAUCAAGCAAUGAACGUUUUAGAUACUUUAUAACUUCGCCUGGAAUGUCUGUGGUGCUUUUUUGUAAGAAAGAGAAUCAUGAGCAAGUUUUGCAGCUAAUGGAACAAGUCUGCAAGAGAUUCCCAUCUGUCAACUUUCUCAAGGUUGAGGUAGAAGACCAUCCUUACUUAACAAAAUCAGAAAGUGUAACAUCUCUUCCAUCUUUCAAGAUAUACAAGAAUGGAUCAAGGGUUAAGGAAAUUCCAGGCAACAACCGCGAAUUAUUGGAAAAAUCAGUCAAGUUGUACAGCAGCUGAAAGAUAAUUAGCCUACAGUGUAUACAUGAAACAGAGAGAUCCAUAAUCACAUUGUUAAAAAGAGAAAGCAUUGACAAAAUUUAAUAUGGGUAAAGCAGCAUCUGGCCUACAACUUUGCCAGCAUCCAACAUAAAGCAGCAUAAAAAGAUUAAAGAUUAAAGAUUAAAGAAGGAAUCAAAGUGGUUGCAUCACAGAUUAAACAAAUGAGGAGAUAUAUUUGGAGAGUUCUUUUGUAUUCCCUGGUGAUAAUUAUCAGUGUUUUUCCCUAAUUUUUUUUAUUAUUUUAUUUCUGUUUUAUGGUUACUUUGAAUAGGAUGCUUAAUGAACUGUUGCUGCAGUUCUUUAUUCUGCGCUUGCCCCAGAUCUCUUUAAUCAGUUUGCUAAUGACCUCUUUAUUCAUUUAGUGUGGAAAAGAAAAAAAAAAUCAAAAGAUAAAGGAUGUUUGUUGGUGUGUGGAAAGAUCAUGAUUAGUGUUUGAUUAAUGGAAGAAUCAAUAUUGGUGUUGAUAUUUUGAAAA